AUGAUUGAACAGAAAAUGUUUACUUUUUUUGUAUGUUUAACAAUAUGUAUGCUUCAAGUGAAAUGUGCUGACAAGUAUACGGAUGAAAAUAGACCUUACGAAUUUGGAUUCACUAUAGACGGAGAACAGCAUCGCCACGAAAAGAAAGAUGAGAAUGGAAUCAUUAUGGGGGAAUUCGGCUUUAUUACUGCGGAUGGUGUCUAUCACGUUACAGUUUAUGCUACCGAUGAAAAUGGAGGUUUUAAGAUUUUGUCAAUGAAAAAUAUUCGAGUAAAGCCAUAUCCAACCGCUAAAACUGGUGCAGAAAAAGGGCGAUCACUUGAAUUCCCACCUUCACAGCAAAUGUCAAUGAAUGCAGCGGCACCAACUUUGAGUACCUCUCGUCAAGAACCUCAAAAGCCGGGUCCAGCGUCACUCACAAAAUCUUGUUCACAUUGUAGCAUUCCUACUACAACAACUCAAGCACCAUUUACUUCAAAUAGUGGUGUAGAGCAAAUACCAGCCAUUUCUCAAGAACCGGACAUGCUACCAAAAUACAAUCAAGGUCAAAAAAAUUAUCCUAAACAAAGUGCCUUUGGUAGCCCUCAGAGCAAUUCACAACAAUUUGGCAACGGACAAAAUUAUCCUCUAAAACAGGAUGCUGAAUUGCCACAGAAAUAUCCGCAAUUAGAUCAAAACCCAGGCGAAAAAUAUCCUCAACAAGGAAGGUCAAACAAUGGACAUAAUUAUCAAGCAACCGCUGGUGUUGCACCGCAAAUUAAAGAACAGCCUAAUUAUUCACAACAAUUAGGCAAUGCUGGACUGAGUAAUCCUCAAUCACAUCUAAGUAACCAAUAUCAAGGUCAAAAUUUGCAAUCAGGAAUAAAUCGAAACCCUAAAUCAUAUGACGAACAGUCACAACAACAGCUAAGACCGCAACAGCAACAACAAUACUUUACGGGAAGCACCUCAACCAAUUCAUUUGAAUCAAGUAAAGAAAACUCGCUACCCAAGAAACCAAUAUUGAUAUCAGCUCAGAUGCAAAUAGUUGAUAAAAAUACUGACAUCCACUACAAACGGCCCGGCGAGAAAGAUGGUUUGCCUGAAGGUUUAACUAAGGACGAUAUGACUCAACUUUUAUAUACGUUCAAUUACACAGUAGGGUUCCAUGGACACUUCGAAGAAGGUUAUACGAAUGGAGCAAAACAAGGUUAUUAUUAUGUUACUGGACGGAAUGGAAUCAGAACAAGAAUUGAUUACGUUGCUGAUGAACAUGGUUUCCGGCCUAAAAUUACACAAGAAGUUCUCGAUUUAUUAUCAGACGAUGUUCCUAAACCGGAAACAGAAAAAGACGCAAAAUACGGACUUAAAGGCUAUGAAUUCAAAUGGAUCUAUUAUCCACUUGAUUCAAAUCGUUCUUAA